AUGACUGCUUGCUGCUGCCCCGACAAGGUCUUGCAACUCUUGCGGAGCCCUCGGGGUGGUAGUCGCCGGCCUUCUCAAUUCCUGUCGCAAGCGAUUAAGAGACGAGUGCUGAGAGAACGCGCGGGCACACAGGACAUUCAUACCUUGCUGCUGUGUCCAGAUCCAGCUCGACGCCUCAGCAAUUGUUACCACUCUGCAGUCCCCUUGGGGGCAGGGGGAUUCGGGCAAGUCUUCCGAAUGGAACACAACUUGACCGGAGAGAUACGAGCGAUCAAGCUCAUCCGCAAACCUGAAGAAAUCGAGGAGUUGCAGCGGAUCUUGAACGAAGUUUGUGCACUUCUUCAAUUGGACCACCCUAACAUUGCAAAGCUUUAUGAGUAUUUUGAGGACCGCAAGGCCAUCUAUGUGGUCACUGAGAUAUGUACAGGCGGCAACUUGGGUGACCUCGACCCACUCGUGGAUGACAUUGAUGAAAUUCGACUUCUGUUCCGUGAUGUCACGCGAGCAGUGGCGUACUGCCACUCUGAAGGCAUCGCGCACAGGGACCUGAAGUUCGAAAACUGCUUGCUUACGGAAUGCCGGGGCAGGCGGACAGGUCGCAUGGCGAAGGUCAUAGACUUCGGCCUUGCUAACAUGAAGCGGGCCGGAAGCACAGCAAACUCUUGGAUGAACGAGGUAGUGGGUACCCUAUAUUUUCUAGCGCCGGAGGUGUUAAAAAGUCACAAUCCCUUGUACAGCUAUGGCUUCGAGUGUGACCUUUGGUCGCUCGGGGUCAUGAUUUUCUUUGUUCUGACCAAUGAGCACCCCUUUUGCAACUCCGCCUCGGGGCCUGAAGACGCCUACCAGCGCAUUACCCGGGGCCCCCUACGCGCGUCGUAUUUAAAGGCCGCCGGGGUCUCCGAGGAUGCCGAGCGCCUCGUGAAGCUGCUGCUGGCCAAGGAGCCGCUAAAUCGCUUAAAUGCCCAGGAGGCUCUCAGUGAAGCCUGGCUCCAGUCUCCCGAGGGACUCAGCGAUGUGGAGAGCGAGAGUUCCAACUCGCCCUUCCACCUGCCGGCCAAAGCUGAUAAGCUCAAGUGUCUUCUAGAGCGUAUCCUGUCCUAUUCGAAGUUCUCCCGUUUCGAACGUGCCCUCCUGACCGUCGCUGCACACGAGGCGAACGGUAAAGAUGUCGAGGAACUCACUUCGGUGUUCACAGCCCUCGACUCUUCCAAUUCUGGCUGGAUCACUCGAGAUACCUUUCGCUCUGCUCUGGCAUCGGCGGGCCUGCGUAUCCGAAGCCCGGAAGAGGAUGAUGUUCUCAGCGCCUUAGACCCUGACAUGGACGAGAAGAUCCAGUACACGGACUGGGUCGCGGCAACAAUGAAACCAACACAGAUCACAUCGGACAAGAGCGUUGAGGAAUUGUUCAGCUUCUUCGACUUUCGAGGCAAAGGCCAGAUAACGCUAGACGAUUUGAGCCAAGUUCUGGGCCAAGAGAUGGCAUGUCACGUGGCCAUACAGGCGAAUGCUGACGAGGAAGGCAUAGUCUCAAAGAAGAGCUUCAGAACCUUCAUCCUAAAUGCCAUGGCGAAGCUUGAACUUCAAGUUCAACAAGACCACAAAUCACGGUGUACAGUUGCAAGUGAGGUUCCCGACAGUCCUGAGGUUCUGGCCCCAAGGGGCCGCCCAUGCAUACCGUCUUGA